GCUUUCAAACAAAAGGGUUAUAUUUACUUGGAUUGGCAAGAAUAUGUGGUACCUAGGAGAACGAUCUUGGAGGCAAAAUCAUCCUACUUUUGGAAUUCCUAGAAAUCCACCAUUUAAAAUUGGCGAGGUCAGUCAUGAGAAAGCAAAACUUGUGAAAGAAGCUGGAUGGGUAGAUGCAAAUAUGUUUGUGAAAGCUGUUUCAUAUAAUAUGUAUCUGCGAUAUUGGCGACAUGUAACUAACUUCCAUCAAUUCGUGACCAAAGUCGAUUGGGUAGUUGAAUUACACGGGGUUGAUGGUGACCGUGUUAAACACCUUAUUCAACGACCUGCUCAGCAUGUACCUAUUCCACCACCACAACAAUUAUCAUACCCUGAAGCUUAUAAUCUAGUUCAAGAACAUGCCGAUUUUAAUCGUGCGUUUCGCGAGUUUGUAUUAUAUGAAACGGAAGACAGGAUGAUACGUUUAAAGGCAAAAGAUGAAGUAAUACGAGGCCUUGCAGCUCGUAACAAUUACCUGGAGGAUCAGAUGCAAUUCCGUAUGCAACAAACGCCGCGUCCCCCUAUUGGAUUCGGCAGUUUUUCUGAAACUAUCCCACCAGCGGUGUGGGCUCCAGUGAGUCAAGCAUCAACAAUGUCGUCUGUUAACCCCCAUCCGAGAAUGACGUUUAUCCCACCACGGCAAACACCAUCGCAUACUCCUACUGAUGAAUAAGUAACUUUUUAGCCUCCACUUUGGAUAUGUACUUUUUAGCCUCCACUUUGGAUACUCCUACAAAGUGCGUAUGUUAUCUCUAUAUAGGGUUACUUUUUAGCCUCCAUUUUCAGACUCCAUUUUCAUUCUGACAUGUUG